UUUCCUCAGCCAUUUGGAAAAGACUGCCUGAGAAUGCAUCUGCGUCUCUGCCUCAUGUUUUGUGGCAAGGAAGCCAAGACAGAAAGAUAGUGAGAAACAGAAGCAGAAGAGAGACAGAGCCAGCGCUCCGAGUAACUGCCUCAUCCUAGCAUGAAAGCAGGGAGUGGUCUCACUGGCAGGACAAUCCGAAGACUUAGAAUUCGAUUUUCCAUUGCCCUGGCCCUGAAGAAGACUUUGGGCCGGAGCCCAGAGAAAGCGCAGCAGUUCCCGCUGUUCGAGCGGGUGGUUCUCCGUUAUAACAGGCCGGCGGAUUCUCAACACGUUCCUGAUGAGAUUAGAAGCUCCUGCAGGUAUGUGUUUGUGGCGGCCCUCAGCCUGUAUCAACAGAUACUCGAUGACUCACUUCUUGCCUACUGGCAUAACCCAGGGCUUGCUGGAACACACCUGGGGGGGCUGGGAGCAGGCAGAGCAGCUCCCCCUGAAGAGGGACGUGACUGCCAGGCUGAGUCUCAGGACUUCUGUGAGAGAUGGCAGGGACCCCUGGGUUCGCUCACCCUGCAGGGUCCUGCCCAGCCCCAAGUGCCAGGGAAAAGGUCAAACGCCACAGAAAAUGAUGAAUUAGGAGGAGCUGUGGAGGGAGGUCUGCCCCUGCAGAGAGCAGAGUGGUACAAACCAGGGACUGAGCUUGGGGCUCAGAGAGCCUUUCUGGCCCGAACCUUGCAGGGCUCAGGGAUGACUGUGCCUCCCCCAAGAAAGGAAGUUCUGCAGUAAAGACUAGCUCUAUUUUCCUCCAGCUCAUAGCUGAGAUGUCAGGCCAUAGGUGCCUGCCAAGUGCUGAAAAUCCUUGCAGCAACCUCCUGUCUGGAAGAGUGAGAAGGGCAGAUGACUGCAAGUGGGGACUCACUUUGUCGUCACUCACGGACAGUGCAUACUGUGCUGGGGUGGUGGACAACGCCCCUGGUCCUGUAAGGAUCCCUCGGGACAUUGGCCAAGUGCCCCCUUGCUUCCUGGCAUCCAUCUUGGGCUGCUCCCAGCCCUGGGCCCCCAAGGGGAAGUGCGACUUGCUGCCAAGGUAUCAGUGCUGCAAGGCAGGGUUAUUCCUAACUGAGCGGAGCCUGCCAGGAAGACAGCGUUUGCACCCCGCACCAUGUGCAGGUGUGACGGUGAGCUCACAGCUGCCCCCCCAGGCGUGCCCAGCCCACUUAAUCAUUUCACAGCUCAACAACUGUCCCGCCCAGCCCCGUUCUAGUAUAAAAGGGGGAGUGCAGGUCCAGGUAACAGAGCCACCUCUGCAUCCUGCUGAGCUCUAUUCUCUCCAGCACAUCCCAACCUCUAGUGCUCUAUCCUCUUGCUCCUCCAGGAACAAGCCAUCAU